AUGAGGAUACAUAUCAUAAUAUCUGAUGACGAUGAUGAUAAUGAAAAUGAGAAUGAUAAUGAAGAUGACUCUCCCGCUGAAGAUGAACCAGCCACAUCGACCACAACUACAUCUACAUCAUCUACAUCAUCUACAUCCACAUCGACAGCAACAACAACAACCACUACUGCUGCUACUACGACAGAGGCAGAUAUGACAGAGACAGUGGCUAUGACUACCACUGAGACUACGACCGAACCAACAACAGAGUCUACGAAGGAGACUAUGACAGAGACAUCGAAAGAAACAUUGACAAUACCAUCCUCCCCUUUAAUGGCCACAACUGAACUUGCAACAUCAACAACACCAACGAUUCAACCAUCGGCUCCAAUAACGGCCCCAACAACACCAACAACAUCUACAACAUCAACUACGACGACGACCCCAACAAGUACAACACCGAAUGAAGAACCUACACCACCUGCGACACAAACACCUCCUCCAAUGGAAGUGAUCAAACCUCCAAAGAGGAAAUAUACACCAAGGAAAAAGAAAGCAGCAGCGGUGCCACCGCCUGCCGCGUCAGUCCCAGCCACGCCAGAGACCGCAGGAGAUACAUCUCCAACCACAAUGUCGAUUGGUACAGGGUCGGUGGAUACACCACCACCACCAUCGCCAUCUCAAACGUCAACCUCCUCAAGCAAAGCAUACCUGGCGACACAGAUCAGGAACUCCAGCGGACUGCCCGCCACCAACCUGACCAACUUCACACACAGAGGCCGCAAGAGAAAGAAGGACGACCAGGUCGUCGACACCGACGCCGACAUACACCUGGAGCUCAAGAAGAAUCGUGAGCGCGCCGAGCACCUGAUCAAGAACCCCGACCUCCUGCUCGAGGCCGUCAAGAACAUCAUCUUCCAGUUCCAGCAGUCGCACGAGUUUAGCUUCUCGGCAUUCAAGGACAUUUGGAAGCGCGAGGCAGUCCUCAAUGACUUCUUCCAGGUGCAUCCCCACCAGCCCGACCUCAUUCACAUCCUCUACUAUGGCGCCAUUGGCUACACCAUGGUCAACCAACCCGUCAACUGCAAGUCGGCCAUCAUCUACUGUCUCUAUCUUCUAUACACCUGCCAGAUCGUCAGUCCACCAAUUCCCAUCGAUAUUACAUUGAACAUAUGGGACGAGUUGAUCGUUUACUUCAAUUGCUUCAAACUGUAUGAGUUGGCCGAGCCUUACCAUGCAUUCAAACAACUGCGCAAUAAGAAUGCCUUUCACUUCUCGGCCUCGCUUCAUGCAAUGGCCUCAACACCAGUGUUUAGAACAAACAGCACCAAGACCAGUGCACCAAUCAUACCUCGCGAACUAGUCGGAGUCAACACCCUAGGUGGUAUAGAUCUCACCGAACUAAACGAUGUCCACAACUGUUAUAAUCAAAUCAAGAGAGGAAACAAUAAGGUCAUACCCAAGUCACUGGACAUCACUAAAGGCGACUUUUACAAUGAAGUGUUCAAUCUGAUGGAGGACAAUACAGUGAGGAGAAUGGAGAAGAUGUUAUACAAUCGAAUUCCUGGUCUACCUUGA